CCAGGACAGUUGGGACCCACCAGUGAUUAGCUGCUGACCAAGUGCUGUUAUCUUCUGCUCCCGGAAAACAGGACAGUACAACGAUGGGCUGUACCACAGGGCAGAGAUCAGUCACCACGAAACUGCUGUGGACCCUGCUACUCAGCCUGCUAUUAGCAGGCCAGUUGGGCUCUACUCAGGAGGUGGAAGAGGCAGCAGAACCAGAACAGCCUGUGGCACCAAGCAGUACGCCUGAUGACAGGCAGGCUUGCAGGAUGUGGAUGGGAGGGGUGCCAGGCACCCCAGGGCACAGUGGCCUCCCAGGGCGAGAUGGUAGAGAUGGGCGCGAUGGCCUCAAUGGGGGACAAGGGGAACCUGGGGCAAAGGGAGAGAUGGGCAAUAAAGGCAACAACGGCGACCAGGGCAUGCCCGGUUUCCCAGGCAUCGUUGGGCAGAAAGGUGAGCCGGGGGUAAGUGCCGUGGGCCCCCGCUCGGCCUUCAGCAUGGGCCUCAUCAGCCGUGCGUCCAUCGCCAACGUGCCCAUCCACUUCAACAAGCUCUUCUACAAUGAGCAGCGUCACUACGACGUCACCAGUGGCAAGUUCCGCUGCGUCUUCCCCGGCGUGUACUUCUUCACCUACCACCUCACCAUCUACCCCAAGGACACCCGCAUCAGCUUGUACAGGAAUGACAAGGCCAUCAUGUUCACCUUCGACCAGUACCAGGAGAACAACCUGGACCAGGCCUCCGGCUCUGUUAUGUUGCACCUGGGGGCCGGGGAAGAGGUCUGGCUGCAGGUGUAUGGGGAGGAGAAGCAGGGCGAGAUCUACGCCGACAACACCAACGACUCCACCUUCUCCGGAUUCCUCCUGUACCCCGAUGCCCCGGCGACCAGCCAGAGGCGCUGAGCGUGAUGAAGCAUGCUGGUGGUGGUAUCAGUCAUGGUCACAUUGUGCCAAACUGAGCAUUCUAACAACUGUUGUGCUCCCCUUUGGAACAUAGCUGAACGAAAUUUACUAACAGUCCUUGUUUGUCCCUUUAGCAUGGUAUGAGUGUAUGGUUUUUUUAUCUGGCAAUGACAGUGUACUAUUUUUGUGCUGUAUAUUAAGUUUCAGAUUUAUUAUACAGUAGAACCUCACAGAUCUGACUCAGAUGUUCGGAUAUAGAAUCGGAAGUAUAACACUAAUUCAAAAUGAUUGCAAAAUGCAAACCAGGAAGACAAAUGAGUGAGCUUAACAGCUGUUUGUUUCUGGCAAUUUUACAAGUUUACAAUUUAGAUUAUUGUUGGUUAUUAGAUGCCCGUUAUAAGGGGGCGUGGCUACGGGCAACUUCAUCUAUCUGCACCACAGGCAGAAAGGUUUAGAAACAUGCAUUAUCCUGCCGCGAAUGAAUGGACAAUCACAAAUUGAGUAACCGAAAAGUAGCCUACAAAUAUUCUGGUAACGCCACUGACACUGUUAUAUGGCAGUUACCCAACUGUUGAAUGCCAUUGCUUAGGCUAUUAUUGUUUAUUAUGGCUCAAAAUAAAAUGAACUGCAAUAAAUAUUAAAUAAAUAAGCUAAAUAAUAAUGUGUAUUAUCCUGCCGCAAAUUGACAGACAAUCACAAAUUAACUAAAAGUUCAAUUUGAUUAUUGGUUUAUUAUGAUUCAAAAUUAACUGGGAUGUUUUGGGGUAAAGUCAAGACGUUCAGUUUUAGACAGAGAUUUUACAAUUUAGAUGGGCUUGUUGCUGGGCAAACAGUGUCUUCAGCACAGCCCUAGGUUUAAGGUUAAAUUAUGUUUCAUUUUGCGAGUAGAAAACAGCAUACUAGGUUGCACCUUCAGAAUUCUGUUCAGAACAACCUUCAUUCUUGAUGUGUUUGGGUCUCUGAGGUUCUACUGUUAUUUUAACCAUAUCCACUUUGCCCCCUUGUGGUUGAGUCAUCGACAUCCCAAAUUUUUGUUGCGUUCAUAUUUCUAGAAAACAAAAAACUGACGUAAUAAAACGGCAAAACACAGAUGCCAGAUUGUUAAAAAGGCUCUCCGCUAGCAAGAGCAGCCUCUUACUUGCAAAGCAGGGCAAUAAAACUCCAGGCUCCCCCUUACCAGGCAGGCAAAUUAAUAACAUUUCUGAACAGUGCUGUAACAGAGUUAUAAUCAGCAGCUGUUUUUGCCACCAUCCCACACAAGCCAGCCUUUCAACAAUCUGCUGGAGCCUUUUCAACUUUUCUGUUGAUCCAUUGCUAUUCCAUUUUAUAUCAGUACAUUUAUUUUAAUGAUCAAGGUCAUGCAAUAGCACACUACAUUCGUGUCAUAUGUCCACUCCACCAUGAGAUUCUAAUUAUGCCAAUUGUUGCCAAGGAAAUUGACUAUUUGUUGUCAAUUGACAAUUGUCAAAUCCAGCUGUUCCAUUAUUUUCAGUGUCUGUCCAAAAAGCAGUAUUUGUCUGUGUCCAAAGACUCUGUGUCUCAAUAAAAGAGAUACAUCUGUUCUUAGGGAGAGCUGAGUGGUACUAUUCAAUCAUAUUUUUGGGGAAAAGUAGAAAUGAAUGAUGACUGUAGGUUGGAAUAGUGUCAUCAGUUUGGAGAGUAUAGAGUACCAGCUGCAUGGAGUAAAUCAAAUAAUCAAUCACUCUUUCUUUUGUCAUUGGAUUGGUAAACAGCAUAUCUCAUGGUCAUUUUUCUCAAGGGAGUAAAAAAUAAUAAUUUAAGCCAAUGUGGGCAAGAACGUAGGUUGACGACAAUUGAGCUGCCACUAGAUAUUAAAUGGUUUGAAUAAUUUUUCUCUGUUGAACUUGGAAAAACUAUUCUAGAGAAGCAACCAUUGAAGUAUCUACUGCACAUCUAGUGGCUUGGAAGUAUUGCAAGUAUUGCUUAUAAGACAUCCUGAUGAUGGUGAUGUUGAUAGGUCACAGACAUUAGCAAGUCAUGGCAUGCAAAAUAUAUGCAACCAAAUAUAAAAUUGAACAAUUUUAUAUGUUGUUAAUUUCUCCCAAACUUUGAAAUGGGGGCCUUAUGCAUGGGUUAUGUUGUUUAAAAGGUACUGCAUUUACUAAAUGGUGAAACCAAAAUGUAUUCAUUUCAAUUUUAAUAAAACCUGAG